AUGUAUUGUAGUUUGUGGAACGCAGAUGACUGGGCCACAAGGGGAGGUUUGGUCAAGACAAACUGGUCACAAGGACCAUUCGUAGCCUCUUUCAAGAACUACAACUCAGACAAUGCUUGUAACUGGUCCAGUGAUAAUGGAACCACGACUAGUACUACUUCUUGUAGCCCUGGUGGCUCGUCUUCUUCUUCUUCGAGCAGUACUAGCGAGUGGUUUUCGCAGAGAGGGAUGGAUUCUUCAAGCCAGAAAGUUCUUAGAUGGGUUCAGAGGAUGUUCAUGGUUUAUAAUUAUUGUAAGGAUAAGAAAAGGUUCUCUCAGGGUUUGCCUAUUGAAUGCAAGAACAAGAGCAAGAACAAAAAAGUCUCGAGAUGA